AUGAAAAUAGCCACUGGACAGUUGGGUCGUUCGCAAUCCAUAAUCGAGCUGUGUUCUGGGAUUAGUUCAACCGUCAAAAGCUGUACCUCUUGGUUCCUCUCGCCAUUUAAAAAACCAGAAACGUCAGAGCCGCCAUCACUAUCCAUCUCAGACUCUACAGUCAUCCAAAAUCAGCCUCAAUCACCAACUUACGGUGCGUCGUCGAACAGAGAAAUCAAUCAAACCGUGCCUGAACUGCCAGAAGAGACGCUUGACAUCUCAAUCUCCAUCGUCGAUACACCUUCUGAGACUGCCGAAGCAGCCUCACCGCUGCGUGUGAUGGUUAGCACCACCAAAGAGGCACUUCGAGUUCGGACACGCCAGUACCAGAUUUUGCAUAAUAUUCGGGAACAAGAACUGGGAAAAACAGUGCUUGGUUUUGUGAUGCCAAUGACCACUACCCUCCUAUCUGUCUACACUAAAGAUUCCUUGAUGCUACCAAUACACUUAAUUUUACUGUCACUGUGCAUAGGUAUGGCGGCCUUGUGGAAUGGUAUGUUACUCCGGGAUACCUACCCCAAAAUCGCAAGCAUUAUUGAACAACUUGGAAUUGCUUGUAUUUUGUUUGCAUUUUUCGGGGUGGUUGGGUCUUUUCUUCCACCAACGAUUGUUUGGGCAGUCUGGUUAUGUUACGCUCUCACCCUAUUUCCGCUGCUCUUGAGUCAUCUUCCUGCAAGAGAGAACUCCUCUGAAUUGAUAGUCCCUUAA